AAAAACCCACCCGACUCUAAAAGGGUCGUAUCCACCCGGAUCCGAUCGUCCUCCCGAUGGAGGAACCUGCUGUAACUAAAACCCUAGCAAAACCUCAACUCCCUCCAUUACAUACACACUAAAAUAUGCACAGAACUGUUAGACGAGCUGUUAUAAUCGGAAAUGGUUUCGCCGGAGCUGAGAAUCAGUGUUUUGGAUUGGUUCGAGCAUUGGGUCUAUCUCAUCGGCUUUCUUUGUAUCGUGUUCAUAGGCCAAAAAAUGGGAUCAAUAAGUGGCUUAAUUUCCUCCCUGUUUCUACCCACAAAAGAUUAGAUCGAUUAAAAAGCCAAAUCUUUGAUCCACAGUCGAUUAUUUCUAGUCAUGGGAAGAAAUCAGUUGCAAGAACAGAUCAAUCAGAAAUCUUGGAAGCUGAUGCUGACCUAAUUGCAACCAAUGCUAUAGAGACUUUUGAAAAAAAUGGUCCAUUAUUGGUUGUUGCAUCUGGGCGUGAUACAAUCUCUGUUGCAACUUCAAUUAAACGGUUAGCUCCAGACCAUGUUUUCACUAUACAGAUACAACACCCAAGAUCAAAUCUAAAUAGAUUUGAUUUGAUAAUUACACCUCAUCAUGAUUAUUAUCCACUCACUCCUGAAGGAAAGAAACAUAUUCCAUGGUUUCUUCAUGGAUUAAUUACUCCCAAUCAAGGAAAAAAUGUGAUGCUAACACUUGGAGCCCUUCAUCAAGUUGAUUCAGCUGCAUUACAACAUGCAGCUUCAACUUUUCAUGAUGAGCUGGCUUUAUUGUCAAAACCCUUGCUUGUGGUCAACAUUGGAGGACCUAUUCGUGAAUAUGGUGGUGACCUUGCUAGAGAGUUAACAACAUCAUUAAUGAAUGUUCUUCCAAGUUGUGGGAGUGUUAGAAUUUCAUUUUCUAGAAGAACCCCACACCAGGUGUCUGAGAUGUUGGUAAAGGAAUUUUGUAACCAUCCUAAGGUUUAUAUCUGGGAUGGAAAAGAUCGAAAUCCACACAUGGGACAUUUAGCUUUGGCUGAUGCUUUUCUCAUCACUGCUGAUUCAGUCAGCAUGAUAAGUGAGGCUUGCACUACCGGGAAGCCUGUUUAUGUAAUUGGAACCGAGAGGUGUACAUGGAAGUUUUCCUAUUUUCAUAAAUGUCUGCAAGAAAGAGGGAUGGUGAGACCAUUCACUGGGAAAGAGAACAUAACUGAAACAUGGAUCUAUCCUCCAUUAAGAGACACAUCAAAAGCAGCUGAGCAUGUGAUAAAAGCACUUGCUGAACGUGGCUGGAAAUUACAUCCAUAAUGGAGCCAAAAUUGUAUAUUUUUAUCGAUUACAUGUUAUCAAAUUAUCUAUAGCAUAAAUCAUCAGUAACAAUUAUAAAGGCUU